AUGUCGGCACUUUCGUCCGACUCUGUCAGAUUUAUCGUCCAACAGCUCUUCCUGCCACCCCAGCUCCCCCAGCAAAAAGAUCAAAAGGCUGAUCUCGACACUGCACUGUUGCGACUUGUGACUGAGGCUCUUGAACGCUUCCAGAAAAAUGUCCCAGUCGAGGAGCAGAAGGCUGUCUCACUCGCCGCGGCGUCAGUGUCUUUGCUUACCGCAUCUCGGGAUUCCAGCGGUUCGGUAAACGAAGAGUCUUUUUUGCAGGCUUUUGGUGAUUUGAGCCAAGCGUCCGCAACACUGCCGGGACCAGUACUUCCGCUACACAUCGAGGCCCAGAAUGCUGGUCUCCUCAUCACUAGAUCUUCUGAUGGAAUACUGUUUGAGGCAUUUGAGCUGGCGCCUACCAACAAAGCGGUCAUGUCGACGUCUGGCCGACUCAACCGUUCCUUUCCUGGACCUACAGUGACAGUGGAGGCCAGCCAUUUCACGAGUCAGGUACAGGAUCUCUUGACUAAAACCUUGUCGCGAAUGAGCGGCGAGGCGGCCCCAGGAAUGACACCGAUAACCGUCAAGGCCAAAAAGAGGCUCAACGAGAUCCGUGAUACAAUGGACCCAGGACUGGUCACAGAACUGUUGUUUGGCUUCCUCCAGCCGAUGGCUUGCUCCAAAGACACGUCUGUUGUCAGGAUCGUGAAACACACACGCGAAGAGGUGCUCUGGGAUCGCGCAUUGUUGCCAUGGCGCCGGUCGCCCCUCUGGCUCUUAGUGCGUGUUGUUGUGCAGCUGGUUUUUUCCCGUUUGCGGGGGCCGAACAGUGGCCGCAACUUGUACAAACUGUUCAUGGUCCGGCUCCUUGCAGAGGUCCUCGACAGGUGCCUACAGCUCGGAAACGGCAUUGAACCAGACACACUGCAUUUCAUGAGCGCCAAGAUCACGCGCAGGCUAUUAAAACUCGGCGUUUCAAGCGACAGUCCUGGAAUUGUCCACGUGAUCGACGUUCUGGAAAGAACCAAAGAUGCACUCGAUGUACGGUGGGCAGCAGCCUCACGUCAGUGCAAGAAAGACGCUCAUCUCUCGCCUCUUGCAUCUGUUGCUUUCAGAGAGAGCAGAUCGCUUUCGCUGCCUGCUUUGGACAACUUUUUGUCCGACAUCCUCCUGAAAGAGGCUUCCAACUCUGGCGCCAGGUUUCAGCCAGCUCAUAGCCUCCAAGCGUUUCCAGAAUACAGCUUUCCCUCGGGCCCGCUGUCCGAGCCACCACAAAACCUGGUCUACAACCUUUGCGGACUGGAGCAGUGGGUGGAGCACAAUUUACAGGAGUGGAUGAAAGUGAACAUCAGCAAUCGUGCCACAUGUCCGCUUGUGUACGAGCUGAUGCAGCUUUAUCACAACUCGGCUAGCCCCACGUAUAUUGAAGAUCCAGAAGCCAGCUCGUCCAUGCUGCUUACCGUGCUCGAGCUUUGGGUUGCUUGCGACCGUUCUGCUGUCCAGCGGCUUCCGCUACUGGCGGAAUACAUCCCAGACAUUCCGCUUCAGAAGCUGCAGACGCUAGUUCUGCCAUGCCUUCGAGACUUGGAACGCCUUCGGCGUAUCGAGGAAUACGUUAAGCGAAGACAGCAGUCGGCAUCGGACAGGUCUGUUUUAGCCGAUUUUGGCACAGCUGGAUCGUUUGCUGUGCGCUACUUCAAGCACUCCAUGAAACACCAGGAGCUUUUGCAACAAAUUGAAGCUGCAGCUUUACGGGAUCGGCAGCGGAAACUUGCAGAGCUCGCUGAAAUGAAGUCAAGGUACCAGAAUCUCAUGAAACUGCAUUCCGAAAUGGUUUGCACCACAGAGGAAUUUUACGGGAGGUACGGGUGGUACGACCACCACUCGAGAGAUUGUGAGAAGUGCUACACGGAAGAAACUGCCAGAGGAAUGUCCAUUUCUGUGCACGAGUGGCCGCUGCCAACACAAUCCAACGAGAAGAAGGCAGUGGUCUUUGAGCUGGAUGCUCCGGCAGAAUUCUGCGCCUGGCGCGAUGCCACGGUUUAUCUCCUUCUCGACGUGCUGGGAUCAGACUACGCCGAUGCCGACCCACCUAAUACGCAAUACUCACUUCCGUCAUAUGCGGCACUGAAGCCAUACUAUCGGAGUCCGUCACGACGCUUGGAGCUGUCGUCCACGGCAAAACCAAAUGUUGUGGCCCAUUACAGAACCGUGUCCAUCUCCACAGCCACAAAAGACCAAGUGUGCCUGAACAAUGGGCUACGCUUCCAAGCUUUCGACACAGGAAAGAAUUGCUUCGUUGUCGACAUUUUCCAUUCCGAUGUUGUCCUUGAUAUGUGUACGUACCAGCUUCCCCCGGACAGUUCCUCAUUGCAACCGUUUCUGAGGCGGAGCUUUGCCGACGACGGACAAGCCGAUGCGAAGCCGAACAUGGUGAUUGCAAGUCAGUUCGAAUGCCCGACUCACAUGACGCUCGCCGAAUACCGCAGCCUGGCCGGCCUGACGGUGGGUUACCGGCUGCCAUGGCAGAACCUGCUGGUGCAGCUGGCCAGUCCAUCGGUUGACUUCAAAAAGAUAGAGACCGGUCUGUUUGUCCUUCAGGCGAUCUACCAGGCCGGGCCGCCCGAGGCAUAUGUUCGCCGUGCCAGCCACCACAUUCUCAUCGAUGACAUCUUCGCCGAAAAGUUGCUGGCCACGAUCGGUCAGGCGGCAGCACGCAUCCAAAAGAACUGGGACUCCCUGCAGGCGCUCAGCACACUCAUCGACACUACUGCUCGCGUGCUGCGGCUGACGCCGUCAAUCCCUAUUGCGGACAAGUGUCUGGUCAUGCUGGAGCAGUUGCGUGUCAUAGCCAUUGAUUGGACCGACGAUCUGGAGAAUCGCUAUAACGAGGCAAAAGACGAAGACCAGAGGCAGGCCUUCCUCUGUAAGAUCGUACAAAUCGCCACCAUCUGUGUCUGCACAUUCGAUGUGGACGACACCCACCUGCAGGAAGUACUGUCUGUACCCGAAAAGGCGGCAAUCCUGAUUCGCUGCAACAUGCUCGUCUACGACAACAGCACGCAGAUUGGAACCAAAGCCCAUGACCGGCUCAUGCGUCGGCGAUGUCAGCAUCUCUGCUACCGCGCAUAUCCCAUCCUGCGGCAGCUCAUCUUGAAUGGCCUGGACGGCAAGCCUUUUCCCAGUCUAGACACAGUCAUACAAGCUGCAUGGCCUAACUAUCAUCGAGGAGAUAGUGGCUGGCAAGCCCUACAAGGAGAAUUUGACCAGUGGAUCGUCACGGACAUAAAAGACUUGGCCGUUGUGCACUACAAUCUGCUGAAGGGUCGCCUGCUUGUCAACGGCCGACCGUUGGACCGCCUCCCUCUCGAAUAUACGCAGCAUGAAUCGUACGUAGCACUCUUCGGUCCUAUCGUUUUCCGCAUCCUGCCGAGCAUAGUGCCAGGCAUGCAGUUUUCGUCCAGGGACAGCUAUCUUGAGCAUAAGUUGAAUUUUGGUAUGGGCAGCACCGACCCCGACAUGCUUCUGCAGGCCAAAAAAAACGAACAAGUGUACCACCUUGUUCCAAAGAGGGUCUUUCAGGGGGUUCUUCCGACCUCGCUCGUCCGUGACUUCGUGCACUGGUACGAUGCAGAGAAUGAAACUGUGGAGUUUCGCAAAAGGCGGCAUAUGUGGUCGACCGAAACUAAGCCGUCUUCCUGGCGCCUCAAACGAGUUCGCAAGGAAUCCAUUUUUUGGUGGUUGUCGAAUAAACAGGGACAGUCGCUCGUGUGUCCGAGCAGCGGAGCCGGGCGGUCGUUGAGUGCCGUCUUUGCACCUCUCCAGGAGCCGUUGGACAUGCUACUCAUCCUACGGUCUGACAAGACAACACUCGACAUUGAGCUGCCCCGGCUGCAGCUCAGCUUCCACUUGGCAGAAGGAACAUCGGUGGUCAACUCUCGUCAAUGUCGGGGAUUUCAGGUGGACAAAGACCAGAAUGUGGGAACGUUAGUUGGUUUGAAGAGCAAGCUGGUGUUGCAGAACCGGAUCACGGCCGAGAGACGAGUGAUAGUGCCGACGGGCUGUAUCUCGUACGAACGAAAAGGUGAUCAUACAACCGUGUCCAUAUUCCCGGAAACGGCCCCGGCCUACAUUUUCAAGCGCAACGACGACAUGCAGCGGCUGGACGGAAGCGGAAGCCUGCAGAGCUCUCUCCUCCUCUGCUAUCUGCACGCACUGACGUCGUUUUGUUUGCCCGACGUCUUCACCGGAUGCACCGGCACAGAGCAGGCGCUGAACAUUCUCCGAAGCGCCGCCGUCGCCUCUAACCAGUUCCUAACCAAGGCUGACGUUGACUUGCUGCGGAGAAUUUCGGGAUUGACUCCCAAGCGAGUUUUCUACCCAGAUCAUCUGCAGGUCAUGCAGACGGUCUCGUGGGAUCCUCACCUCCCGAUGCUGGCACAGCAUCCGCACUUUUUCCAGGCCGUCCAGACGUUGCUCAAGGAGAACAAAACGGCCGAGAUAUACUACCCAGAUAGUGACAAGCAGCCGGCCAGAUUUGAGUCCGGCGAUGUCCAGCUCUGGACGCGAGAUGCCUCCCGCACAUCCACUGUGCGCAUCACCGGCUAUGGGGCCGAGGACCGGUUGUCUGCGUUGCACGACAUUGAAUAUGUGUCUAGGGACCUUGGUCAGGCGUCUCAGAGAGCCGAAAGGGCUACAAAGAUAUCAUCCAUUAUGUUCGAACGUACUCCUUACCUUCGCAUUAGACCACUGGGCAGAGAAAGACUUUCGUCUCUUCUACUGAAAAUUUUUAAAGAAAAGGGCACGGUCCUUGGAAGCGAUUUCCCAACAGAUGGAAAGACGAACAACUCCUGCCUACUGGACUAUGCUGGUAAGUGGAUGCUAAACCAUGAUGGACAUUGGGCCGAAUUGUGGUGCUGGCUACAUCGCCAGGCAAAGGGGCGGAAACUAUGCCCAUCACAGCUGAAUCUAUGGCUCGCGACAAUGGCAUUUUCCGCCAAGGACAUGGAGGUCAUCCAGGCAGCCGCGUGUCUGUUUCUACUGCCAGAGGUCACUGCCAUCAACCCGCCGCCUGUUGGAAUGUUUCAGCUUCGCCAUGGUGAUACACCAGACAAGACAGAACUGACUCAGCUCCUCAGCAACGCCGAGCUCUGGAAACCACAGGAUUCUUGUCCGGAGAACAACUUACCGAGAUACUCCGGGGAGUCCAACAGGGACUAUGGUCGGCGGCGAGAGUGUGCAUGGGAGUCGAGCAAGAACCAGGCCAUUUCCAGCCUUGUCGACCACCUAGCGGCACAAAAGGCCCAGCCAGUGCCUCUUCCUCCAACCGGGGUCACGAAGGAAAAGAUAUGCACGUACAUAAAACUGCAAGACGCCAUCAAUGCCGUGAGGGUCAAGUUCACCCUCUGGCACCAAAACUGGUUGUUCAAGUGCUAUCUGGAUGAGAUCGCAGACGCCAUCAGUCGGACAUCAGUGCAGCUGUUGCAGCUCCCAAAGAUCACGACCAGUCGGCCGCUACCCGCAAGCACCAUACAAAUGGCCACCAUUCAGCUCGCGGAUGUUCUCGAAAAAGCCACAGUUCCUGAAAGUAAAGAACUGCCGCAUGCUGGCAUACCGAAACUGACUGUCAACGAAGCUCUACCGCUCUACAGUUUGCACCUUGGCUUUCAAUCACUCACACUGCAACAGAAGCAGCCGCAAGCGGAAGCAAAAAAGCCGCGCCUGGAAGCUCUCGUAAAAAGUCUGACCGCCAGCGCCGAGUCCACAUACGAGAGGGAAUAUGCGGGCGAGCUCCGCCACAGUCUAGAUAAGCUACAGGACCAGCAUCAGACCCAGCAUGCGAAUCUGGAUGUGGAUGGCGUGGAUCACGUGACAUCCCGCAUUCGCCAUCAUCUUGACCAGGCAACGCGAUAUCUCGACGACCUAUUUUCCACCAUCCAUGCUGGUGUGUAUGAGAACGUGAGAUGGGACAAGUGCUUGGCCCUGCGACUCGGUCACAGCCCUCGGCUGUCUCGCACUCUCCUUCUGCAACAGCUGGCCCGCGACGGUUGGGGCAAGCUGCAGGCCGCCUGGAAGCCAUGGAUUGUAGCCUAUGGGCUGGCCCUGACCGAGACACAGCGGGCACAGCGAAUGAUGCGCCUGGUACGGGAUUCUGAUCAGGUGAAGACCCAUAUUGGUGAGCUCUUGCGCGAACUGCAGAACGAGGGCCACACCAACUGGGAAGCUUUCAAGCAGCCCGAAACCCUGUUGCUAGAGGUUGAGAGCGGCAUCCUGAUCCGAGCAGUGCAAGAGGACAUUACAGAGAAGAUGCGACAACCACCGCACGACCAAAACGCGGUGAUGCAGCUGAACAUGGGCGAGGGCAAGUCGUCGGUGAUCGUGCCGACCGUCGUGGCAGCUCUGGCCGACGGAGCGCGGCUAGUACGCGUCAUUGUGGCCAAGCCACAGUCCAGACAGAUGCUGCACAUGCUGGUGGCCAAGUUUGGCGGCCUGCUGAACCGUCGCGUCUUUCACCUGCCCUUUUCGCGGGCUCUCCGACUGCAGGAAGAACAUGCCAAGGCCAUCUUCGCCCAGUGUCGUCGCUGCAUGGAAACGGGCGGUGUCCUGCUCGUCCAACCAGAGCAUGUCCUGUCACUGCAGCUGAUGGGCCUCGAAGCCAUGGCCUCCGGUCGGGAGACGCUCGGCUGCUCCCUGCUCAAGACGCAACACCUUUUUAAUACGGCCGGCCGCGAUGUCGUCGACGAGAGCGACGAGAACUUUAGCGUCCGAUUCGAGCUAAUAUACACGAUGGGCACGCAGACUCCGAUUGAGUUCUGUCCCUACCGUUGGUCCGUCAUCCAGAACGUCCUCGAAGUCGUCCGGAACCAUGUGAAAGACGUGUCCGAUCAGCUGCCGCUGUCCAUCGAAAUUCAACCGACAACGACGACUGGACAUGGAAGCUUCCCUCGCGUCCGUCUGCUCAAGUCUGAUGCUGUCGAACUUCUCCUUCGCAACAAGGUGCCCCGGGAAAUCUGCAACACCGGUCUUCCUGGAUUCCCCAUUGCGCGGCAAGCUCCGGAAUCACGUGACGCUGUUCUCCGCUAUAUGACCGAGGCCGACCUGCAGCCAGCAGACAUUGACGCUGUCGAAAGUGGCCACUUCUGGACGGCAGACACACGCGACUGUCUGCUGCUUCUACGUGGCCUGUUUGCUGGAGGCCUGCUCGCCUUUUCCUUUGGCCAAAAACGCUGGCGUGUCAACUAUGGUCUCGAUACCUCUCGACGACCACCGACGAAGCUUGCGGUACCAUACCGAGCCAAGGACCAGCCUGCUGCACGCUCCGAGUUCAGCCACCCCGACGUGGUCAUCACGCUCACCUGUUUGUGCUAUUACUACCAGGGUCUGGACGACGCCGACCUGUAUCUGACUUUUGCCCACCUGUUGGCCUCUGGAAAUGCCGACGACGUGUAUCAGAUUUGGGUUCAUGCCGCUAACAAUCUCCCGGACGCCUUCCGUCAAGUCAUGGGCGUCAAUAUGGAGGACCGGAUCCAGUGCGAGACCGAAGUGUUCCCCGCAUUCCGUUUUACGAAACCGACGAUUGACUACUUUCUAGACAACAUCGUUUUUGCCAAGCAGAUGAAGCAGUUUCCGCAUAAAUUGUCGGCCUCCGGCUGGGAUCUCGGUGCGUCAAAGACUCAGCGAACUACUGGCUUCAGCGGCACCAUCGAUUCUCGCAAGGUCCUACCGCUUGACAUGACGUACCUGGACCUACCGGAACAGAAGCACACGAACGCACUUGUCCUCGAGUAUCUUCUGCAGCCAGAGAAUGGUGUGCUGCCGCUGCAGCCACCGCUACCACAAGACGCCGAUGCUCCUACUUCGUCUGUAGCAGAAACCCUUCUGAAACUCGUCGUGGGCCAGUCGAAUGACCGGCUGCGUGUCAUUCUCGACGUCGGUGCUCAGAUCUUGGAGUUGUCUAACCGUCAGGUGGCCAGCCUCUGGCUCAAGAUGAUGCGCGAGCGCCAUGCCCACGUCGAGGCUGCUGUCGAGACUGCUGUCGAGGCUGCUGUCUAUUUUGACGACAGGGAGGAGCUGAUGGUCCUGGACAAACGGGGCCGAGCUGAGCCACUCCGCAUCUCGCCGUAUGCCGACCAGCUGGACCUCUGUAUCGUUUUUCUCGACGAGGCCCAUACGCGCGGCACAGAUCUGCGCCUGCCCUCGUCUUACCGCGCGGCCGUCACACUCGGUGCCCGUCUGACUAAGGACAGGCUGGUCCAGGCCUGCAUGCGUAUGCGGAAGCUCGGCCACGGCCAGUCUGUCGUAUUCGUGGUGCCUCAGGAUGUUCAGACUCAGAUCCAGGAGUGCCGCACUCACGAGGAACAGCAGCGGGACAUCAGCGUGCUAGAAGUUCUGAGCUGGGCCAUUGGCGAGACUCAUAAUGAUCUUCGCAAAAGCAUGCCGUUAUGGGCUGUCCAAGGUCGUCGAUUUGAGAAGCAGCUGGCCCUUUGGGAGAAAGCACGGGCUGCAGGUGAAGAAGACGACAUGAUCGUCAUGACGCACGACCUGGCUAGCGAAUUUCUCGAGGACGAGGCCAAGACGCUGGAAGAACGCUAUCGCCCAAUGCCAGAAGGACAGACUGACAGCACAACCAACAUGCGUGGCGACAGAACCAAUAUGCGGUUGCGCCAGAUCGACGACCGCUGUGCCGAGGUGUCUAGACUCAAUUUCUCUGAGACGACCCUGCACGAGGAGCAGGAGCGGGAGCUGUCCCCCGAGAUCGAAGAGCAGCGCCAGAUAGAGCGGCCGCCUCCAGCCACGCCAGCCACUCAUUCUGUGCAUCAAGACAUCCGCACAUUUGCUGCCACUGGACGGCUGGCUGCCUCCUCGUCCGCCGUCUUGCCUGCAUUCCAGGUCCUUCGGGCUACCAAUGCAUCUGCCCUCCUCGAUGUAGACAUGUUCCCGCAGGAUGUGCUCGUCACAGCCGACUUUGCCAGUACGAUCGUCCCUGAGCAUUUCGCCAACAAGGACCAGCAACUGGACUCCUUCCAGCGCCCUCCCCAGUGGAUCCUGAGCAGUCAGCCGGUCAGCUGGGAUCGGGUGGUGAUCAUUAGCCCAUACGAGGCACAGGAGCUGCUGCCGACAGUCCGCAAGAGCCACAAUACAUCUUUGCAUCUAUACGCACCCCGUCCCAACCUGGAGGUGUCGCCGCUGGAUGGCCUCGAUCUUUACACCACGUCUGCUGCACGACCGCCAUCGCCUGAGCGUCUACCGCUCCCACUGGCACUGCUACUCAACUUGUUCUCUGGUCAGCUGUACUUUAAGUCCUUUGCCGAGUACACAGCAAUGUGCGACAUGCUCCGGCUUUCGUGGCAGGAGGCCAGCGACACGCUUACCAUCGAGCCGGAUGGCUACAUCCACCAUGCCGAUAAUGCAGACGACAUCCCAGGUUCAGAAUUUACCCAGAGCCCAGUCCCGUUUCUCAAGGCGUACUGCUCAAAAAUUCGCCGGGACGGUCAUUCGAUUGACCGCACGCAUCUUGGCAAAAUGCUAAGCGGGGUUCUCCUACGAGAGCUAGAACUGGACGGAGAAUCGGUGAAGGGAGCUUAUAGAGCUCCGAAUCUUGGAGCCACCAGCAUAUAG